AUGAGAUGCAAUCACACUUCUGAUGAAACCGCUCCAAAGUGCCUUCUCUGCAGGUACAUCAAAGAGCACAAAAAAGAAGAAAAAAUAUUCCAUGUCUUCACUUGCUAUGAACCAGUCCGCGUUCCACAGAAAAUUCUUCGGUUCUUCAUGGAGCCGGAGAAGUACUUAUGCCAAUUUCAUGAAAAAGUUUUGAUCAGAGUGAUGGAAUUUGCUGCAGCUGUAAUCGCCAUUGGAUUCUUCAUUUUCAUGGGCUGGUUGGCUAUCAACAACUUCGUGGGCAACUUCUAG